AUGGAACCUUCCAAACUGCUGGCUUUCUUUCUGUUGCUGCUGCCGACUUUUGUGUCAGCACACCGUAAGCGGGUCCUUGGAGGCGAGGAAUGCAGUGAGACUGAACAUCCAUGGCUUGUGCUUCUCUAUACCUCUAAAGGCCCCUACUGUGAUGGAAUAUUGAUUGAUUCUAACUGGGUGCUCAGUGCUGCUCAUUGCUACGAAAGUGGAAAAAUCGAGAUAAAGCUUGGAAUGCACAACUCAAAUGUGCUAAGAGGUAACGAACAGUCGAGAGUCAGUGUGGCCACCCAUUGCUACCCGGACACUGCCCGCACCACCAAGAACAGCUGUGUGAAUUUCACUGCUGACAUCAUGAUGCUCAAAUUGAACAAACCUGUGAAGUACAGCAAGUUCAUCGCCCCUCUCCGCCUGCCCACCGUCUCUGUCUCCGUGGGAGCAAAAUGCAGGGUCAUGGGUUGGGGCUCAACCACAAUUCCUACGGUGACUUAUCCUGACGUUCCUCAUUGCGCUGACGUCAACAUACAAGAGAAACGCUUGUGUGUGAAGGCUCACCGAAAGUGGAAAAUGACUGACCACAUAUUAUGUACAGGAACUUGGAGAGGAUGCAAAGGAGUAUGCUCGGGUGAUUCUGGUGGACCCCUUAUCUGUGAAGGAGAAGUCCAGGGGAUUGCUUCUUUUGCUGACGAAAUUGGGCCUCGCAUACAUACCAAGGUCGACAACUAUCUCAACUGGAUCCGUGGUUUUUUUUGA